AUGACAUCGUCUUUAAAACACUUAAAAGAACAAUUUGUUUCGGAUUUGACUGGUGGUACAAUUGAAGAAAUUUACGCUGUAACCAGUAUAGCAUUGUCAUCUUAUUUGUCCUUUAGAUUGUUGAAGAAGUCUCUUGGUGAUUUGGCUUUGGUUUACGACUACAUUCUUAAUGUGUUGACAAUACUAGCAUCAAUUACUGUUUAUAGCAACAACCCUUCUUAUUUACAUUAUUUUAUUGUUAUUCCAUCAUUGAUCAUAUAUCUAGUGAACUACCAUGUUGAAAAACCGUCUUCAUCUCGUACGCAAAGUGGUGCAAAAGAAACUAAACUGGAUGAACUAUUACCAAGAAAACAAUUUAUAACCGCGUAUCGCUCUCAAAUGAUGAUUAUUACCAAUCUAGCUAUAUUGGCAGUUGAUUUCCCUAUUUUCCCAAGAAGGUUUGCCAAAGUGGAAACAUGGGGCACAUCCAUGAUGGAUUUGGGAGUUGGGUCCUUUGUUUUUUCCAUGGGGUUGGCUAAUUCUCGACAAUUGAUCAAAAAUCACACAGACAACUACAGAUUUAGUUGGAAGAGCUAUUUGAAAACGAUUAAGGCAAAUUUUAUCAAGUCAGUGCCUAUACUUGUUUUGGGGGUUAUUCGGUUUGUCAGUGUUAAACAGUUGGAUUAUCAGGAACACGAAACAGAAUAUGGAAUCCAUUGGAAUUUUUUCUUCACUUUAGGGUUUUUGCCAAUCAUUUUAGGAAUAUUAGACCCAUUAUUGAAUUUGGUUCCGAGAUUCAUCAUAGGAAUUGGAAUUUCAAUUGGUUAUGAGGUAGCGUUGAAUAAGACUGGCUUGUUGAAAUUUAUUUUGAGUAGUGAAAACAGACUUGAUUCGUUCAUCACCAUGAACAAAGAGGGUAUGUUUUCGUUUAUUGGAUAUCUUUGCGUUUUCAUAAUAGGUCAGUCUUUUGGAUCAUUUGUUUUAACAGGCUACAAAACAAAAAACAACUUAAUAACCAUAAGCAAAAUUCGUAUUACAAAAAAACAACCCAAGAAGGAGCUGCUGGUGGUGCUGCUGUUUUUCUCAGUUACGACUACUCAGGGACUAUAUAUGGCAUGCAUCUUUUAUCACUUAGUCUUUAGUUUGUUUAUCAACAACGUAUCGUUUUUGCAACCAAUUUCAAGAAGACUAGCCAAUUUCCCGUAUGUCAUGUGGGUUGUUUCGUACAAUGCCACGUUUUUAUUAUGUUACGAUUUAAUUGAAAAAUUUAUACCGGGGACUCUUGCUUCUACUGUAUUGGACUCUAUUAACAACAAUGGUUUAUUUAUCUUCUUGGUUAGCAAUUUAUUAACUGGGUUUAUUAACAUGUCUAUCAACACUUUGGAAACUAGUAAUAGGAUGGCAGUAAUUAUCUUGAUCGGUUAUAGUCUUGCUUGGACAUUACUUGCUUUAUAUUUAGACAAAAAGAAGAUCUACAUCAAGCUUUAG